AACAGGAAAGGUUAAUAAGACAGGUGAGACACCCGGGAAUACGAGAAGCAAGCUGCUGUGGCUGCAGGAGAAUUUGAUCCCUGAACACGUGAGAAACUCAAGCAUCCUUCUGAGCAUUGUGAGGGGAAUAUAUAAGGCAACUGUCAGAGGGCACCAGAAUCUGAACUGCUACUGUUGCUACUGCUUUGGAGCUGGACUGAAAAGAGCAAACAGUGGACCAACAUGUCACUCACCUCCAUUCUUUCAGCUGAGGCCAUCGAAAAGGCGGUCAAGGACUGUGAAGCUCCAGACUCGUUCUGCCAUAAGAAGUUCUUCCAGCUAUGUGGCCUGUCAUCAAAGACACCCAAGGAGGUGCGAGAUGUGUUCCAGAUCCUUGACGAGGACAACAGUGGCUACAUCGAGGAAUCUGAGCUCAAGUUCUUCCUGCAGCGGUUCUCUCCUGGGGCACGGACCCUGACCGAAGCAGAAACAAAGAAAUUUGUCUCAGCAGCUGAUGAAAACAGCGACGGCAGAAUUGGAGCAGAUGAAUUCCACACAAUGGUUCUGUCCUGAGUUCUACCAACAAAAAGUGGCCUUUGACUGUUUCCCAGCCUCUGGAGUCAUCUGAUAACUGCUUCCAUUCCCAAGAUGUUUUUCAUUCAAUCCUGUGUCUGCUUAUAAUUUCUAAAAUAGAUUAUACUGUUUCAUUUUCAAGACCCAUUCUUCAGGGUGAUUUUCCUCUUGGCCUAUGGUUUCCUAGCUCUGUACAUUCCGCAUGUAAUAAAGAAUGAUGUGAAUAAAGAUCUGCAAACAUGUACAUCUAAA